AUGAGCUCCUUCGAGGCGGCCAAGCCGGCGCGCUCCGGCUCGCGCGUGGCGGCGCUGGGCAAGCGCCCGUCGCUGCUGCACCGCAGCUCCGACCCCGAGUUCAGCGACGCCGAGCUCGACGACGCCGUGGAUAUGGGCGAGAACGCCGUGUGGGCCAACCUGGAGGAGCCCAUUUACGCCGAGAAGGACGUGGAGAUCUUCCGCCCGACCCAGAAGGAGUCCAGUCUCCCCAUGUACUACGCCAAAGGCUGGCUGCCCUUCGCGGCCGACACGCUCUUCGACGCGCUCAUGGAUGCGCGCUACCGCAAGUCCUGGGACAGCAACGUGCACCAGGUGCACGUGGUGGAGCACCAGCACGUGAGCGACGUCAUGUACUUCGCGCUGAACCUGCCGUGGCCGCUGGCCAACCGCGACUACGUCUAUCGCCGGCGCGUCAAGUUCUACCCGAAGCAGAACGCCUUUGUGGUGCUGUGCCAAGCCGCGCACCACGCGGACGUACCGACCAAUGGCGUCCGUGUCCGGGUGGAGACGUCCACGCUGCGUCUGUGCAUCCGCAGCAUGUCGAGCUCGAACGACUCGUGCGACUUCCACCUCGAGUACGAGGACGACACCAACUUCAGCAUCCCGAACUACGUGGUGAACCUGCUGCUGCAUACGAUGAUGCCGUCGUUCAUGACGGAGCUGCGGAAGGCGUGCGCAGGUUAUGCCGAGUACAUUAAGACACUGGACGAUAAUGGAGUUCAGUGCAUUCCCUCCCAGGUGACUCGCCAUCGCAGUGCAGUGCUUGCUGCAGCGACAGCGUCCGUGGCGGGGAGUGUGAGCUCCAUGGGGAGUAAGGGCGCGAUCGGUGCUUCGGUGACCGAGGAGAGGAAGCCUGUGCGAGCUAGCCCACGACCAGGAAGCAGCUUGUUCUUUCGAAGCAAGCGGCCGAAGCGCAAGCCCGGCCUGGUGGGUCGAGAAACCGACGAGCACAGCAGCAUGAGCGAAGACUGGGAGGUUGAAGACGCACCUCGCAGCGAACCACCGACUACACAAAGUCUGCGACCGUCUAUCAUCCAUAGAUCGCUCUCGACGGAGGUUAGUGCGAGCUAUGGUGAUCUUGGACCUCGAUUGAAUCACUCUUCGUCGGCCGGCAACAUGGAAAUGAGGUCAGUCAUGGCGCCUUCGUCAGCGUCCGAAUUUUCGCGCGCUAGUUCGGUGGUGUCCGCGCAGGCAGCUUUACAUACUGUCGACGGACCGUUGACGCCUCUGGAUGAUGACUUUACCAUUCAGUUCAGAAAGCAAAAGGUUGGUUUGCACCUGGAGACCGACGUAUUUUCAAACAAGGUGCUAGUUGCGUUCUGCGAAAAGGACAGCGAAGUAGCAGCAUGUGGCGAGCGCAUUGAGCCAGGAUUCCUCGUGACCUCAGUGGACGGUGUUUCAGUGAGUGAUUUUAAGUUUACUGACAUUCUGAGCGAGAUCCAGCGAGCACCGCGCCCACUCACGCUGGGUUUCACUCAUCCCGACAGAGAAGCAUCUCUUCAAUAUCGUCGCUUCAAGGAGCCCCAAAAUGUGCUGAGGUGCCUUGUAUCUCGAGACGAAAAUGAUCUACUUGCCGCGUUACGCCCAUUAGAUGAAGAAGCAGCAGUGAGCGCUGUGCUCAAGUGUGAUUUCGUUGCGCCAGCUGCCACACCGUCGAAAGGGAAGUUGAAAGCUACAAACAGCAGCCCGGGACUUGUGGAAUCUCCGUCGUCUGAGCAUUCAACCCCCGUGCUACAUCCGUCCUUGUCUUCCCCAGAACCAGGGGCGGCACGAGUCCUGGUACCAGCUGGCUACUUGGUCUACGAAAUCAAUGACUCGUACGUCCUGGACGUGCCGUACGCUGAAAUCGCUCACUUAUUGCGUCGAAGCGGUGAUGCAUGCGUGGUAACGUUCAAAGCGGCUAUGGCAGUUGUAGGUGGAAGCAAAAGGAAGUCGUUGAAAAGCCGACACAAGAUCGUCAGACGCUUCUCGGGCGUGUUCCGGAAGAAGCGCAGGGCGUCUGACGCUAGUGCUACAGCGAGUAUCAGCUCGACUUCUUCGCGAGAGUGGGCAAGCGGGAGGGGCCAACGCAGAGCCGGGAGUUCUGACAGCGAAGUAGUUCAAACUACCGACACUAAUUCUGACGCCUAUGGCCUAACCGAUUACUCGUCUGUCACAGUCACAGCAGAGAACCUCGACUGGGUGUGGCAGCAGGUUCAGCUUUUGAAGGCAACGGAGCGCAUCUUCUCAGCCGCACUCCUCAUUGAUCGGCUUGAGGCGUUUCUAACAGACACUGGCAGUGCUAACAAGAUCAUCGCAGCGGCAAAAACAAGAGUAUUGCGUGCAAUGCACGACGAGCGGGAGUUGAUUGACCACAUUAAAGAGCGUCGCGAUCAAGGUGUGAAGGCGCUCAAGGAGUUUAGCGACAAGGAAGGUGACGAUGAGUGGCAGUUUGGACAGACCAUGCUGGGUGUGACCACCUCCUGGAAACCCGAUGCCGAUGGCUCAGUAUGGAUCAAGUUGGAGGGUCUCGUUGAUGGCGUAUAUAUCUUCAAUACUAUAUCGGUGAUUCGCGAGGUGGAUCUCUACAGUGUAUGGACGCCGUUUUGCUCUCAGUCGUUGCUGCUGCAAGACAUGGGUCACGUGGAGCUGGCAGCUUACUUGGCGAUUUCGUCGCCGUUCUUGCAACGAGACGCGAUUAUUAGAGCCUUCGGCAUCAAUGCCGUUUACGAGAACCGCUGCCUCUUGCUCCUCGGAGGGUCAGUGGACGUAUCGACAGUGACGAGCCGUGUUCCGGUCCCCACAUUGCAAGGGUGGAACGCGGGGCGCAUGGAGAUCAAGGGGUUCCGCGCACUGAUCGAGCCACUCACACGCACGCAAGCGCGCACUUGCAUCGUCGCGAACAUCGACCCCAAGUGCGCGAUUCCUAAAGCGAUGCUCAACUUCGGCAUCAAGAAGAUGGCUGGCAUCCUCCUGUACCUCAUUCGUAAGGAGGCCGAGAAGAUCGAGCACGACCACAAGAAGAACGCUGCGAACGAGCACCUUCGCCGUAUCAACAGCGACCCCAGCGGCUUCUACACGUGGCUCAGACCCAUCGUGGAUAAGUACUUCCUGGACCAACGCAAUGGCGACCUGCCGGAGCCGCUCUCGCUAACUGCAGAUAGUCCAGUGGAAUGGUCAACGGAUGCGGAUUCGCCUCGUGCAAGCCGCAGCAGGAACACAAGAACCGGCAGUCCGCGUCUAGCCAAGCGGCGCAGCUCGACCCGAAUCGCUGCCUUUCAACGCCACGCGCUCACCGCUUCCUCCGUGGACAGCAUGGAGACCGUGGCCGAGACCCCUCCGAGCUCAAGCAAGCGCGACUGGAGCGACUACCUGCACGACUUCACCAUUUGGCCGUACCUACUGCUAUUUAUCUUCGCCAAGGCGUCUGCGGGGCUGCCUCUGCUGUACGCGUGCGCGCUCAAGUUCGUCUUCACCUGCACCUGCACGUGGCUCGCCGUCCCCGGCGCCUUCCCUCGAUCCACGCGACAGUGGAAGCGAGCGCGGAACGAGCUGGAGCCACUUCGACGGCAGUGCGUCGUGCUGGCAGCUAUCUGCGACGUGCUGAGCUCCUGGGCGCUGCGCAUCUGGGUCCGCUGGAUCGAGUGCUACCUCGGCGCACUGAUGUACGGCUCAACUGCAACCGCACUCUGCCUCGCUCGCUCACCGACGGAAGUGCGCGAGUCCGAGCAGUUAUCCAUGAUGGUCGUGUGCUUCCUCUACGCUAGUGCUGUUGUCGGCGUGCAGAUUGCAGUCAACCUGUAG